CUUUAGCUCUCGAUUAUCAUCAUUACACCAUCAUCAUGUCCUCCUCAAACAAAAAUUGGCCAAGCAUGUUCAAAUCCAAACCUUGCAACAAUAAUCAUCAUCAUCAACAUGAAAUCGAUACUCCAUCUUACAUGCACUACUCUAAUUGCAACCUAUCAUCUUCCUUUUCCUCAGAUCGGAUACCAGAUCCUAAACCGAGAUGGAAUCCUAAACCGGAGCAGAUUAGGAUACUCGAAUCAAUCUUCAAUUCCGGUACUAUUAACCCACCUAGAGAGGAGAUUCAAAGAAUCCGGAUCCGGCUUCAAGAAUAUGGUCAAAUCGGUGACGCAAACGUGUUUUACUGGUUUCAAAACCGGAAAUCUCGAGCAAAACACAAGCUUCGUGUUCAUCACAAAAGCCCUAAAAUGUCAAAGAAGGACAAGACGGUUAUUCCUAGUACUGACGCUGAUCAUUGUUUUGGUUUUGUUAACCAAGAAACCGGAUUAUAUCCGGUUCAAAACAAUGAGUUGGUGGUAACCGAACCGGCCGGUUUUCUAUUUCCGGUUCAUAAUGAUCCGAGCGCUGCUCAAUCAGCGUUUGGUUUUGGCGAUUUUGUUGUACCGGUGGUAACGGAAGAAGGGAUGGCAUUCUCUACCGUUAAUAACGGCGUUAAUUUGGAGACUAACGAAAAUUUUGAUAAAAUUCCGGCGAUCAAUUUAUACGGCGGAGAUGGAAAUGGCGGUGGAAAUUGUUUUCCUCCUUUGACUGUUCCAUUAACCAUCAAUCAAUCUCAAGAAAAACGAGAUGUAGGAUUAUCCGGUGGUGAAGACGUCGGAGAUAAUGUUUAUCCGGUGAGAAUGACGGUGUUUAUUAACGAGAUGCCUAUCGAAGUAGUGUCUGGAUUAUUCAACGUUAAGGCAGCUUUCGGAAACGAUGCCGUUUUGAUCAACUCGUUUGGCCAGCCUAUUCUUACAGAUGAAUUUGGUGUUACUUAUCAACCUCUCCAAAAUGGCGCAAUCUAUUAUCUUAUUUAGAAGAUAUUGAAAAGCAAAUGUUAUGGUGCUAUGGAUAAAUAUUAAUAUAAUAAUAAAAGAUUUCUGCGAUUUAUUUAGUUAUUAAUUAUAUAAGAAUUUCAUUUCUUAUCUUUUAAAUUUAUGAACAAUUUACAGGAC